AUGGAUCAAUCCCACACGCCAAUGCGCGGUGAUGUCGCUGGAGAAGAACCACCCAGGAGCAUGGACAUGCUGCAGGGGGUGUCAAGAAAGAAUAGGAAAAAAAAGAAUUCGAAACGCAGUGACAGACACCAUAGGCCAGAUUUCGAUAAUUCGCGGGCGCUUAUUCGCUGCAAAGCCACAGGUCGGUCUCGGAGCAGUUCACAAGAAGAGCUCCAAACAGGUCUAGACGAUCAGGCCAGCUGGGGUCGGUCGUUUCGUAUCCAGUUUGCCACAGUCUGUCAAGUAACAGAUAGGCUUAUGGGGCCAGCACGGGCGCAACAUUGGACAGACGAGAAACACAGUUCUGGAAGCGCAGCCGAAGCGACGCACGAACGUGGGAAGGAACCCACUGGCGGUGCUCAGCCACAGACCAAGGCGACAACGCCAGCUGAACAGGGACCAGAUGCAGCCUUAGGCUCGCUCUUCUGA